AGGACCCCCAUGUGACCCCCCCCACCCCCCCAGACUCGGUUCACUCCCUCACCUGUGCCCUGAUGCUGCUGAACACGGACCUGCAUGGGCAGCACUUGCGCCGGUCCAUGACCAGCUCUGAGUUCGUGUCCAACCUCAGUGGGAUGAACGAUGGGCAGGACUUUCCCAGGGAGCAGCUCAAGGCUCUUUACAGCUCCAUCCGCAGCAAGAAGUUGGAGUGGGCAACGGAGGAGGAGGAAGAGGAGGAAGAGGCUGGGGGAGGGAAGAAGAUCCUCCCCCAAAUCCCCGAGCUGCCAGGGGGAGCUGUGACCUUCCGCAGGGGGUGGUUGGCCAGAAAGGUCCUGGCAGAGGCUGAUGGCAAGAAAAGUGAGUCUGGGGGGAUUUGGAGGGUUUGGGGUACAGGGGGAGGAUUUGGGGUGGGUUAGAGGGUACAGGAAA